AUGCUUUCUCGAAUAGCAUUGCUCGAACCUGGAGCAAACCGUUCUCUUGCGGUCAUUGCCCGACACAAGCCAAAUGUCGAAAUGAGGCAAAGAUACCUCAUGAUACGGUCCUUUUUCACGUCGAUAGAUCGCGCAAAACCCCAAUCGCUGCAUGCAAUAACAAGGCAUGCAAAACCAAAGGCCUUCAGCCCGAUAUCACUCUCAAGACGUGCAUUUAUGUCAUCUCAGAUCACUAGAUCCACCAACGAUACCCAAAGCAAAACUGCGUCCAAUGACGCGCAAACCCCUGCCGCACACGACAAGCAUCCCGGCACCUCGCAGCUCAAAGAUCAAGACAAACACGGUACUUUGCAUACAACCGACUAUCCAUCCUAUGUCAAACGUCUUACCUCUUCUCUUCCUCCAUUGCAUCGACCUACCAAGGACGAAAUGUUGGCAUUGGCCAAUGGAUUCUGGGAGCGACUGAGGAUACGAUUCAAAUGGUUUACGAUACGUGGCUUUAGAAAAUUCAACACGGACGAUAUGUCGGCAUUCCUCAGCUGGAUCGUCUUUGGGCAAGCUGUUUGGAUUCUGUUGGGCACAACUACAUUCUUCUCUGUGGUGUUUGCAACCUUUAACAGCCUUCGUAUGCAAGAAUUUGUCGCGCGAAAGAUUAGCGAUUACCUUACGAGAGAGACGGGCUGGACAGUCGUUUUCGAAUCCGCUAUUGUUCCGAAAUGGAAGGACGGCAAGAUAUCCUUCAAGAAAACAUACAUCUCUCGUCACCCUGAUCUCACCUCUCAUUUGUCACAAGAUGCGCCGAAGUCUCCAGAUUCAGCUAGUCAUCCUGCACAUACCGCGGCCACUAGAUUGGACGUUCAUCACCCUACCAUUCACCAUUCUGGAGAGGACGAUAUCGAACAUUUUGUCGCUCCACGGACGCUCGAGAUUGAGAGUAUCGAUGAACUGACACCGGACCAACGAAUCACCACAUUUGAUUUAGAGGUCGAUUCUGUCGACGUCGAGCUCUCACUGAGUCGUUGGCUUGAUGGCAAAGGGCUCGUUCAAAAUGCGACCAUUAAAGGUGUUCGCGGUGUAGUUGACCGACGCUUGAUAUCUAUGGAUACGGACGAUUUAGAUCCUGCAUCAUUCCGCCAUCCUAAUCCCGGGUUUGAAUUGGAAUCUCUCCAGCUAGAAGAUGUGCUCGUCACCGUCUAUCAACCAAACUUUCGUCCGUAUAUGGCCAGCAUCUUUCAAGCCGACUUCCGACUUUUACGAAAGCAGUGGCUAUUCUACGACCUUCUUUCGGCCAAAAGUAUUGUUGGGCAGUUCGAUAACUGUCUCUUUAGUCUGCAUGAGCCACAGAGCAUUGGGAGAACGAUGGCGGAAGACCUCAAGGAUACCCAGUGGAAACGAAUGUCAAGGUUCCGUAUUGAUGGUGUAAAUAUCGAUCACCUGCAAGCUGCUACCGGUAGUAGUGCCGGCCCGAUCUCUUGGAUUACUUCGGGAAAAGUUGACGCCGUGCUCGACAUCAAGUUUCCGCGCGAUGCGUCUGGAGAAGUGGACAUCUCGUCCCUCAUAAACGAGAUUGCCCACAACAUCUCCGUAGCCACAUCAUCUGGCGAGAGCACGCCUACCGAUGUCGCUAUGAGGCAUAUGUCUCUCUCAGAUCGUAUUCCGGGUCAACGCGAGUUGGCUAAGCCUGCAUUACGCUCACCAGAUGGGGAACUCGAACGAGAAGAAAGCAAGACGAAGCUUGGUGUCGGUAGCGAGGUUGUUAUUGACAUUGACCUUCGCUUCCGGGACCUCAAAGCCGCAGUACCCAUAUUCACAAAGGAUCUCUCUUACGCCAACAAUGCCCUCGUACGGCCUAUUGUUGCAUUCAUAAACGCAAACCGAACGUUGAUCCCAAUCCACUGUACGGUAGUCAAAGAGCUCUCCGAGUUUGAUGGAUCGUGGACAGCAUGGGAAACGGGACUCACCGAUGCCAUCGCGCUGCAGGUCUAUGGAGCAUUGGCAUACCAUGUUACCAAGAUGAAUAUGAACCGACGUAUCAAGGCGGUCAGCUCUUGGUCCCUCACAAUGGCAUCACAAGCCGUCAUUUCUGCAUUACGAAACAUUGUCGACCCAAUUUCUGCACAGUUGCGAGAAUCCUCAUCGGACGAAAAUCUCUACUUUGGAUAG